GUCAUUUACAAUAGUAGGGGAGCGCCAGAGCUGACUCCAGCUUCACGCUCCAUUUGUCCUCCAUUCUCCCUUUAAGUAUUCCUGUAAUAUUAAUAGUCAUGAAUAACAAUUAUUAUGAGGUGGUGUAGAGACGCAGAGGGAAGGUACAUGAGAACAGUUUGAGUCUUGCCUUGGGUAGAAGAGGAUUGGAACAGGAGCUCAGGAAAAAUAAAAUAAAAACACAUAUAUAUAAACAUUUCCAUUCGUUUUGGAGAAACCGUUGAUGGAUAGUCUUGGAAAUACCUCAGGCUGCUUUUUCUACUGCUCGUCGCUCUUGAUUUCUUCAUAAUUUUAUUGUUUUUUGCUGUGAACAGACUUUCUUCCAGAUGUUAGUCCAUACGUAUUCAGCCAUGGACCGGCACGACGGAGUCCCGAGCCAUAGCUCCAGGCUGUCCCAGCUAGGUUCAGUAUCGCAGGGACCGUAUUCCAGCGCUCCCCCGCUCUCCCAUACUCCAUCUUCGGACUUCCAGCCGCCUUACUUUCCUCCACCUUAUCAGCCGCUUCCAUACCACCAGAGCCAGGAUCCGUAUGCCCACGUUAAUGACCCUUACUCCUUAAACCCUCUGCAUCAACCCCAGCAACACCCUUGGGGGCAGAGGCAACGACAAGAAGUUGGAACUGAAACUGGCUCUUUACUGUCCCAGCCUCGGGCUUCUUUACCGCAGCUCUCCGGACUCGACCCGAGGCGGGACUAUGCCUCUGUGAGACGGCCAGAUGUGCUUCUUCAUUCAGCGCACCAUGGGCUGGAUUCUGGAAUGGGGGACAGUUUGUCACUUCAUGGCAUUGCGCAUGGAAUGGAAGAUGUGCAGACCGUAGAAGACGCAAAUAACAGUGGCAUGAGCCUGCUGGACCAAUCUGUGAUUAAAAAAGUUCCUGUCCCUCCUAAGAGUGUGACCUCUUUGAUGAUGAGCAAAGAUGGCUUGAUUGGUGGCAUUGCUGUUAACACAAACGAGGUGUUUUGUUCAGUACCUGGUCGUUUGUCCCUUCUCAGCUCCACUUCUAAAUAUAAAGUUACAGUCGGCGAAGUUCAAAGGCGCCUCUCUCCACCAGAAUGUCUCAAUGCCUCUCUUUUGGGCGGUGUUCUCAGAAGAGCAAAAUCAAAAAACGGUGGGAGAUCCUUGAGAGAAAAACUAGAAAAAAUCGGGUUGAAUUUGCCAGCGGGUAGGCGCAAGGCCGCAAAUGUCACUUUGCUGACCUCACUAGUAGAAGGCGAAGCAGUCCAUUUAGCCCGGGAUUUUGGCUAUAUUUGCGAAACUGAAUUCCCAGCUAAAGCUAUCUCGGAGUAUUUAAAUAGACAGCACGCGGACCCCAAUGAGCUCCAUUCACGAAAAAACAUGCUACUAGCAACAAAGCAACUUUGUAAGGAAUUCACAGACCUCCUGGCUCAGGACAGGACGCCCCUGGGCAACAGCAGACCAUCCCCCAUUCUGGAACCAGGCAUCCAAAGCUGUUUGUCUCAUUUUAGCCUCAUCACUCAUGGCUUUGGGUCUCCAGCCAUCUGCGCUGCCCUCACGGCGCUCCAAAACUACCUGACGGAGGCACUGAAAGGACUGGACAAGAUGUUCUUAAACAACAACAACACAAACAGGCACACAUCAGGCGAGGGACCUGGCUCCAAAACUGGAGAUAAAGAGGAAAAGCACAGGAAAUAAAAACAAAUCCAAAUCCUUUAUAUUCUAGCUUUAAAAUAUUGCAUUUACGAUGGAAAGGAACACUAUCAAGGAAGACGCAAAGGAAGAAAAGCAAAG